AGUUUUCCACUUGCAACUAACGUUACAUGUUCAACAUUUAUUUUUCUGUUAUUUUACCAACAACAACAAUCAAACUUUUUUUUCCCUGUUGUUGAUUGUGAAUGUUUGUGAUUUUCCAGUCGCCAUCAUUAUCAUUAUAUUCACCACAUAAUCUUCAUCAUCAACAAUUAUUAACUUCAAUUUGCAGUUUAAAUCAUUUAAAUCAAAUCCGUUAUUAGUUUAAUCUAUUUUUCCUUUUUUUUCUGUUUGCUCUCUCACUCACUUUUUUCUCCUUCUAUUCUCUCGUUCACUUCAUCUUGUUAACUCUUUUUCCAUUGUUAUAAUUAAGAGUUUUUUUUAUUCUAUUCUCUUUUUUCUUCUCAUUUGAAAUUUUUGUGUAUUUUAUUUGAUUGUUUUUGUGUAUCUUUUUUUUGUGAGACUUUUUCUUCCUCAAAUUGUUCUGUUUUUUUCUCUUUCCCAUUUUUGUUUCCCUGUUUCUCGCUCUCUCUCUCUCUCUUUUUCUCUCUUAUAGGUUUUGUUUUUAUUUCUCUCUGUGUAUCGUUAGUGAAUUUCUCUUGUUUUUUAUUUUGUUUAUUCUCUUCUACUAAUAACUCAUCACCUUGUUGGUUAAUUUCUCCAUCAUUUCCACCUUUUUUUACCUCUAACUUUUUUUCUACUCUUGCUCUCUCUCUCUCUCUCUUCCCGUGUGUCUUUUUUGUGAGUGUUUUUAUCCAACGUUUGACAAACCUUUUUGUUUUGUUCGUGUAAAAGUAUCAUGAUGAAACAAGGAUCACUUCUACGAUGGAGUAGUUCCAAUGGAGGUAAUAAAUGGACCAAAAAUCAUGGUAAACCCAAUUGGAUUCAUCCACCAGACGCACUUCAACACGGCCAUGUUGCCUAUCUUGUCAAAUUUUUAGGUAAAACGGAAGUUGACCAACCCAAAGGUAUUGAUGUUGUUAAAGAGGGAAUUCGUAAGAUGAAAUUUAGUCAACACUUACGUCGAGCAGAAGGAACGAAAACACCCAAGGUCGAGUUAACAAUUUCAGUGGAUGGAGUUGCCAUUCAAGAUCCAAAGAGCAAAAAAAUUUCUUUCCAAUAUCCUCUUCAUCGAAUUUCUUACUGUGCUGAUGAUAAAUCGGAUCCUAAAUUUUUCAGUUUCAUCGCAAAAGAGGCUGAUUCAAAUCGUCACAGUUGUUUUGUUUUCGUUUCUGAUAAACUUUCCGAAGAGAUUACCCUAACCAUUGGUCAAGCAUUCGAGUUGGCCUAUCGUAGAUUCCUUGAGACUUCUGGUCGAGAUUUGGAAAUGCGUAAACAAAUUAUGGUUCUUCAUAAAAAAGUCCAAGAACUAGAAGCUGAAAAUAGAUCGCUCAAGAAUCGCCUUACAAACUACGAAAAUAAAUCAGCGUCAUCGAUCAAAUCUUCUACCUCUGGUCGCUCCUCUAUUUUAACGAAUGGCUCUGAGAUUAUCAAUACCAAACUUCAACCUCUGCAACCACCUCCACCUCCAGUCCAAAGGUUUGCUAAUCGAAGUCAUCAUCUACAACCAACUGUUAGUUUGUUAGAUAUUGACGAUCAACCAAUUGUUGGUCGUAAGUUAGAAAAUUUAAGCCUCGAUGAUCAAAAGUUUGAUCCAAGGUCAUUUGAUGAAUCAAACACAGCGACGUCAACAACAACAACAACAACAGCCUUAAUUGGCUCACCUUUAUCUUCGUCAUCAACAAAUUCAUCUUCAUCCAAUUCAUCUGUAUCAUCCUCAUCAUCGUCUCCACCCUUAUCAAUGAUCACGACACCGAAUCAACCAGCAGCAGUGUCAACGUUAUCAUCAUCAUCUGCGUCAACAACCACAACAAUGACAACGAUAACCAGUAACGGUCCAAUAAAUAGUUAUCAAGGUAACGGUCAUGCCAAUAACCUGACUCACACCAAUGGAAUAGACAACGGACAUAAUCAAGAUACGAAUGAAGAUAAAGAUAUUUUCGGAUUUGAACCAUUUGACCCGGAAACGAAUAAAAUCAAUGAUCCAUUUGGAAUGGAAUCCUUUGAGGCUAAACAAUUGGAACAAGCAAUCGGCGAUAUUGACAAGAAACUUGCUGAAAUGAGAGAUGGAUUUAGUCGUGGAUUAUCAUUUGGAUACGUUGAUUUCUCUAUGGAAACUUUGACAAAUACUUGAGAUUAUGAUUUCGUUUAUGAUUCAAAUCGUUAAUCAACAAAAAGCUACUACUAUUUGUUUAAGAGUUUUUUUUGCCGUCUAAUCAAAUGCUAACAAUUUAUUAGCCAUGCAUGAUAAUUAAAUGUUGAACCUUGUAACACAAAUUGAUUGUCAAUAUGUAUACGUAAUCAAUUAAUGACUGUGAAUUCCCAAUGUAACUUUUUUUUACAAGUUGUUAUCAAAUUUUUACUAUCGAUUAUCAUGAUUAACUGAUGAUUAAUAGAAAUAUAAUAAUUCAAUUAAUCAAACUCAAAUUUUUAUUAUAAUAAACUGAAUUGCAAAGUUGA